GUUCUACCUGAUCGCCGGUGGCAUCCCCCUCAUCAUCUGUGGGAUCACAGCAGCUGUCAACAUCCAAAACUACCACGACAACAACCCCUACUGCUGGCUGGUGUGGCGGCCCAGCCUGGGCGCCUUCUACGUCCCCGUGGCCUUCAUCCUGCUCGUCACCUGGAUUUAUUUCCUCUGUGCCGGGCUCAGCCUCCAGUGCCGCCCCUCGCACCAGAAGGACAUCCCGGAGCCGCUGGAGCCCCCGCCGCGAUUGGGGGCCACCGGUGACCUCCUGACAGACUCUGGCUCCAUCUCGGUGACGCUGAACUCGGGGCCUCCCUGCCCUGAGGGGGACGGUGUUUACUCCCUGCGGGUGCAGUUCUGGGCUCUGGUGGCCACCCACGCCCUGUACGUGGCCCUGUGGACGUUCGGCGCCAUGGCCGUGUCCCAGCGNUGGGAAGCUGAGAACCACAACGGCGGCCUCAAGGGCAGCAAGUACGACAUCAACCUGGCCAGCGCCGACAGCGUGGCCGGCAUGAAGACCGGCCUGUGGAAGAGCGAGACCACCGUGUGA